AUGCCAUCUGACAGCCCAAGGAGCGGUACACCGCCAGCCAAGAGGCAAUGUGUGGAGGAGACAAGGCCGAAAUCGAGAAGCCAGUGCUUGACCAACGUCGAGCAGGCAGUGGACCAGCUAGACGUUUCAGAGACGGGCCGUGAGAUGCUUCGUCUCCUCGUAAAGAGUAGCUAUGGCUGCCCCGUCAAGGAGCGACAUCGAUACCAGGAUGCAGCAGCACGGCUUGUGGAGGAGGCCUUUCAAGAUGAAGAGGAGGUUCUUCAAGCGCGCAGCCGGGAAGCGGCUGACAAGGCGGAAAAAUACAGAAGUGAUGCGCAGGAACGAGCAGGCAAGCUGCGAACUUCCAAGGAGGGCUUCACUGCAACGAUCUCCGCUUUUCGCGCGGCGAAGGAAGCCUUCCUGGCAGACAACCAGAUCUUGCAGCAGCGCCGCAGAGCUCUGGACCAGUCCGGGCAGGAAUUGCGCCGAUGCCAGGCCAAGCUGAGGGAGGCAACCGGUUGCAAGGACCAGCUGCAGCAGGCUCUGGCGGUGCUGCCUGGCAUCCUGGAGGGCACAGCCCGAGACGAGACGGUUAGUGCGUUGCUGGGCGAAGUGGCCUUGGAAGACUCCCUGAAGACGGCAGCUUUGUCAUCCCUGAAGCUGCCUGCAGAGGCCCGAGGAAGCUUCGACAAGGCCGUCCUGGAACAGCUCCACGGAGCCCUCUCAAGGCUUCUAGAGGCCUUGCCCGCAGCAGAAGCUGAGCAGUUGGCUGUCGAGGAGGCUCGUGUAUUGGAGGAGGCUUCCGCGUCUGCCUUUGCUCAGGCCGGGUCCGGGUCACGCUGUUUUUGUGAGUGA